AGAGGGCAGAGGGUGUUCACGGUGUUCAUUAGUGUUCGCUUUUAUUCGCUUUUCUGACAGUAGCCAACAGUAGCAUCCAGAAAGGAAAGAAUAGCUAAUAAAAACACGCUGCUGGCACAGGCCUCGUCAUGGACGAUUUACAGAAUUAUAAACUGCAGCUUCAGCAGGUGGAAGCGGCGCUCACUACGGAUCCCACAAAUGAAGAACUCCUGAAACUGAAAAUUGAUCUCGAGGAAGUAAUAGAGCUAACACAUGAUCUAGUUAAAUCACAACAACAGGAAAAAAGGCAAGCCAAUGGCAUGGAUGCUAAAGAUCCUAUUUUACUUGCAGUUCUGGCCAAUAAAUGGAAGGUCGGUGACCAAUGCAUGGCACCGUGGAGCGAGGAUGGCAAAUAUUAUGAGGCAACCAUAGAUGCAAUAAGCGAAGAAGGUGUUGUUAAUGUAACAUUUAAUGAAUAUAAAAACACAGAUGUCACAAUGCUCAGUCAAUUAAAGUCAGUAGCCAAAAGGCCAGCAUCAGACUGGGCAGAUCAAAAAUCAAAAAAAAUGCAAGCAGCUGCUGUAGCAGGUUCAGAUCCUAAUAAACAGAGAGAAUAUCUUAAAAAGAAGAAACAAAGGAAACUUCAGCGAUUCAAAGAGCUUGAAGAAGAACGUGAAAUGGAGAAGAACAAAUGGCUAGCAUUUACAAACAAGUCUUCGAAAAAAGGUGUAAUUAAAAAGAGUAUAUUUGCCACACCAGAAAACGUAAACGGCCGAGUAGGAAUUGGCACGUGUGGUGUGAGUGGUCGAGAAAUGACCAAAUUCAGUAAUGGAGAAAAGUGGAGAAGAGGAGCAUGAAUAUUAUUGUAAAUACGCAAAUUAAUAUUUGGUGAGAUAGAACUAUUAAUUAUUGUUAUAUUACCUUGAAUCUAGUUCUAAAAAACACUGGAAAAAAAGCG